CUUAUUUAAUCAUAUUUGCACUUUCAGUGUGUGCAUGGUUGCCAACAUAUUCAGAUGAUCCAUUAUGGUUUUAUGGACUACAACAUUGUGAAUAACCAGGCCGCCUUGAAACUACAGUAGCUCGUGCCACCGUCCGUUGCCAUUUAUGGUGGGAGAGGUUAGCUAGCUAGGAAUUGACGUUCGCGGAGGUUCAUUGAAGUCAGCUACUCCAGUGAGGCGGCGGGGAGACCAAAAGACGGUGAGUAACUAUUAUCUCUGGUCAUAGCAACAGUUUGGGGAUAAUCAAUACUCGAACAUGUAUAUAGGUCGUGAAAAUGUUAAACGUGUCAGAUGGCCAAGUAGGACUAGGCCGGAUGGAAAGUCUAAGGGAGGCUAACGUUAGCUAAGCAGCUAGCUAACAUAACAAGCCGAAGGGAGUUGGCUGUAGCUAGUUAACACCAGUGGUUCACACGCCUCAGUUAGCUAGCCAUUUUGGCUAGUUGGACGUUGAUUGACUAACUAUUAAGAAGUUAGCCAGGCACUACCCAGUUGGCUCACCUAGCUACGCUACAUAGUUGUUAGAUAUAACUUUGAAUCGGACCAGGGUGGCAACUGUACGGGGGGACGUUAACUUAGCGUAGCUAGCCAGCUAUCUAAAUGGUAACUUGGCUGGCUAGGUAGCCCUGAUCCCUUCCUCUUAGUAAGUUUUAACGUUACACUGAAACUUUCUUACUUUUGUCGAAGUGAUGUCAGACACAGUGUAACUAAUGUUAAACGUUAGCUAGCUAGCUACGUUAGUUGCAAGUUAGCUACUGUUUCCUAUUAGCUAUAGCUAGCUAGUUAGCCAACUAGUCAGGGUUUCCCAAACUCGGUGCACGUUUUGGUUUUUGACCUAAGUAACACUACACAGCUGAUUGAAAUAAUCAACGAAUCAUCAAGCUUUGAUCAUUUGAAUCCGCAUUGUAGUGUUGGGGCAAAAAUCAAAACGUACACCCCUUGAUGGGGUCCCGAGCUCGAGGACCGGCGAGUUCGUGAAACGCUGAGCUAGAUGGAUAGAUUGAGAUUCGCACAUUUGUGUUGCAUUUAGCGAACUAGUUAUGUAAGCAAGGGUGUCUAGUGUUGACUUUUGAGAAUUAAGAUUUGACUCGUGACUUGACAUUCAGGAGAGCACACCCAUGUGCAAUACAAGUAAUUCCCAUAUUUCUGUCAAGUUCAAGACUGAGUGUAGCCCAAUAUGUACUCUUAAAGGAGCCUAACUUUACCGUUGCUCCUUUAGGUCCAAGGUCCUAGCAUGUUAUUUUCAGAGCAAAAUUACUCCAUCUAAACGUGAAUCGAUUCUCAAAUGCAAAAUACACACUUACUGUACACUGUUUUAACCUGCUUCAUCACAGUUGGGUCAGACAGUAUUUUUCAUUGACAACACUUUUCUGGUGGCCUCCUUCCAUUACACACAGGUGCAGGGCUGGCAACUUUUGAAGAAAGUUUGGAGUGAGAUUUUACCUUAGAUGGGAGUCUGGGGGAGAUACUUUUAAAGCUAGUUUCCUGCAAUUCUAUGUAUUUUGACAUGGCUUAGGCCUAUGAACAGGUCAGGUGUAUUCAGAAUGGUUUGAACAUUUAAAUGAACACUCAAAAUUCAAUGACUUUGUUACUUUGAGAUUUGUGUGGGGGGGGGGUGAACAACUUUUUUUAGGUGGUUUGACACUUUAUUCAGACAGUACAUCUUUUGUCUUGCCCAUUCACCCUCUGAAUGGCACACAUACACAAUCCGUCUCAAGGCUUAAAAAUCAUUCUUUAACCUGUCUCCUCCCCUUUAUCUACACUAAUUGAAGUGGAUUUAACAAUCCACUUCAUAAGGGAUCAUAGCAUUCACCUGAUCAGUAUGUCAUGGAAAGAGCAGGAGUUCCUAAUGUUUUGUACAUUCAUUGUACAUGUACAGUAGUUCAACUAGCUAGUAAUGAAUUACAUUUUCCAGUAGCUUGGUGGUAGUUGAACUAAAUUCAAAUCUAGGUAGUGUUUUCAGUAGUUAAUUACUUUUAUGCCGUGUAGCUAGGCUAACUACUGGAACUACACUACUUUUUUUAUUUUGCAAAAAUAAAUAUGGGUGAAGUAGGCAAUACUUUCCUUUUUCGGCAUCAGACCUGCCUAAUUCUCACUUGAAACUGUUUUGUGGUUUAAUAGGCUAAAUUCCACAUUCUGUUAACAUAUGACCCCAAAGUGAUUUGUUCUUGCAAUUUGUAGUCUGACAUUACAGAUUUACUUAUGAUACAUUUUCACAAAGUAGUUUGGAUGUAGUGAACUACUUUUUCAAAGUAACUUUAGUUAAGUAAACUAUAUUUUUCUUAAGGGUAGCUUUAGUCUAGCUUAACUUCUUCCAGUGUGAAGUAAUUGGUAGCUUGGUAAACUAUAUUUUAGAGUAGCUUCCCCAACACAACACAGUAGCAUGCACACAAUAAUGUGAUUAUUGUGGAUAGUCAGGUUAAUGUAAUAGUUUGUUUAAAAUAUUUACAAGCUUUGCAAGAAGAACGAUUUCUCUAAUAAUCCUGUUUACAUGGACACAUCUGAAAUCAGGCUACUGAUGGGCCUUUUGAUAAAUGCAGAAAAUCCCCAAUCAAAAUAAGUUCUAACACAGUGACCAUGUUAUUUUUGCAAAUACUUUUUGAUUCGGAGUUCUGACAUAAAGUUUGUAUGUGAAAACUAUUUAUAAGAUGAUGCAUACUUUCAGUUUUUCAGAACUCACUUCACUCGCGCAUAAGAGGGAGGCUUGCGCUACCACACGCUGGCACAUGCGCAGAUCAAAUACACAGCUGGAACGCCGAUUAAGCUGUCCAAAUAAUUUGAAAGAUUGCUCAGAAAACCAUGUGUUUUAAUCGUCGUAUGCUUACUUCGAUUAUGACCUUACGCCAAUUAAGAUAAGCAGAGUAAGGUGUUUACAUGACUAAUGCCAUACUCUGCAUUCUGUCAUAAUCAGUUUAAUAUCAAAUUAUUAGUGUGCGUGUAAACGCACUCACUGAUGAGUAGAGGACUCAGGCUAAUGUACACCUACUGUUUGGCAAUAUGUGUCCCACUCCCAACUCCCUCAAAGUGCAGGCGUAAGAUUAUUAACAAAAAGUGAAAGUGAAAUGCUAUUUAUAUAUUUCUUCUGUCUUUUCCCUAGUUUUGUGGGGAUUCUUUGGAGUAGCCUAGCUCCUUUGGCUCCCAACACAGCCUCCACACCUGCCCACAGACUUCAGUGUGUCCUGGGAACUGCUAGCCUUCCCUCACCAGAUGUAGUGGGGAGUUGUCGCUUCCAGCCUUGAACACAGUAGGUUAUGUCCUUAGAGUGGGUGUUUUUGCUAUAAAAUGAGUUUCAGUGCAGAAACUAGGCUAUUUUAUGCUGUCUGGGAAUGUACCACGCACAGAGCAUUAGUAAAAAAAAAAAAAAAAAAGAAUAUGUAGGCUUAAAACAUUUUCUGUCAGGUUGCCUGCUGCCUAUUGUGUUAAGAGAAAACUGGGUCUGAACCCUCACUGACUUAUAACAUAUCAAGAGGCUAGUGUGCUCACUGUGCUGGUGUGCAGUGGGCAUGGUGGAUGUGCCAAGGUGCUGUCAACAUGGAAACACUCUCCAUAUCAGCUGUGUUUUGCAGGAAUUCUAUAUUGGAAUUGACCAUGUGAAGUUCUAAAGGCAUUUACAGUGAGCUCCAAAAGUAUUGGGACAGUGACAAAUUUGUUGAUGUUUUGACUCUGUACUCCAGCAGUUUGGAUUUGAAAUGAUACAAUGACUAUGAGGUUAAAAUGCAGACUAUCAGCUUUAAAGGAGAAGUUUUAUUUUUUACAACCAAAUCUCUAUUUUUGGUGUAAAUGGAAUGUUAUACUGUAAAGGGGUCCAGACAUAUUUUUUGUGAUUUCACGUUUUAGAGAAACUUACCCCAAACAGCAAAUCACUUCCUCAUCCUCGUUGUGUAGUAUGGGGGCCCUGAAGAAACAUACCCAAAAAACAUCCUUUUAGAAACGGCAAAGCACUCUGUAUAGUGAUGCAGGUCUUUAGAUGUUGUACACAUGCAGUUGUGUCAUUCUGGACUUUGUCCGCAAUGUUAUAUUCCCUUUUGCACGUCUCGAGCCUUCUGGAGCGGUUCCAUUUUCCGUGUAGCCUGCUGCUACAGGUAACUGCCAAAAUAAAGGAAACAUAAACAUAUAGUGUCUUAAUAGGGUGUUGGGCCGCCAGAGCAGCUUCAAUGUGCCUUGGCAUAGAUUCUACAAGUGUCUGGAACUUCCUGUGUGGAAGCACCCCAUGCUUUCAAUAUACUUUGUAUCCCUCCUUUACUCAAGUGUUUCCUUUAUUUUGUCAGUUACCUGUAAAAUGGACGGAGAGGUAUCGCUCGAGUCGCAACAAAAUGGAAUAUGACGUUGCGGAUAAAGUUCGGAUUGACACAAUUUCAUGUGUACAACAUUUAAAGACCUGCAUCACUAUAGUGAGAGCUUUGCUGUUUCUAAAAUGAUGUAUUUGUGUGAUUUUGGAGCCUUUGUUCAUGUUAUUUUCGGGGCCCCCAUACUACACAACGAGGAUAAGGAAGUGAUUUGCUGUUUGUGGUAAGUUUCUCUAAAACGUGAAAUCACAAUACAUUUGUCUGGACCCUUCUAUAAAAUGCCAUUGACAUACAAACUAGAGAUUUGGUUGUAAAAAAUAACUUCUCCUUUAAUUUGAGGGUAUUUACAUCCCUAUCGGGUGAAAAGUUUAGAAAUUACAGCACAUUUUGUACAUAGUCACACUAUUUUAGGGGACCAAAAUUAUUGGGACAAAUUCACUUACACUGAGUGUACAAACAUUAGGAACACCUGCUCUUCCCAUGACAAAAUGACCAGGUGAAUCCAAGUGAAAGCUAUGAUCCCUUAUUGAUGUCACCUGUUAAAUCCACUUCAAUCAGUGUAGAUGAAUGAGAGGAGACAGGUUAAAGGUAGAUGCACAAAUAUCAUAUCCCCAAGACAAACAAACCUCUUACCAUUACAAUAAAAGGGGAGGCUAACAUUUUUGGGGGGUUAUGAUAUUUGUGCAUUUAACUUUCUCACUCAUCAUUAUUCCCGAGUCAUUCAGGGUUAUCUGUAAUCAUGGUAGUGUCCACAUUAAUGUAGAAGUGUUUAGAAACCUAUUAUAUUCUUAUUUACAAUAGAAGUGACUCCAAAAUGACACAAUACAUUAUUUAUCAUUAGUUUAUAUUGUGCACAAAAUAAUCUGAAACAAAACCAAAACAAACAGCAAAUGCAUCCAACAAAUUUGUAGAGUCACAAGCUUGAUGUAGUCAUUGCAUGCUAUGAAUAUGGGACCAAAUACUUAACUUUUUACUACUUUAAUACACGUAUAAGUGAAUUUGUCCCAAUACUUUUGGUCCUCUAAAAUGGGGGGACUAUGUACAAUUUCUAAACAGUUCACCCGAUAUGGAUGAAAAUACCUUCAAAUUAAAGCUGACAGUCUGCACUUUAACCCCAUAGUCAUUGUAUCAUUUCAAAUCCAAAGUGCUGGAGUACAGAGACAAAACAACAACAAAUGUAUGACUGUCCCAAUACUUUGAGCUCACUGUAUUUGCUUAAGCGCUACUCCAGAUGUGUCAUCUGUAAUCAGUCAACUAAAGGCUAUGGCCACAUCAGAUAAAAGUGAAAUGCCUUUCUGAAACCUUUGUGGCACACACUUUCUUUAGCAUUCUUAUUGCAGCUGUGGGUUCUACUUCUGCUUCUAAAAUGGGGCUAGUCAUUAUUUAAGAGCAAUGGUCAUCCUUUUACUCUGAUCUCUGUUCUGUUUUCUAUAAGCACACCAUUUUCACAGAGGAGGGGGUGUAUCGCAAUGGCCUGAGGAUUGAAUGGACCUUUGUAACAUCCCACAUCCCACCCAUCUCUCCAUUGUAGACUUGUCAUGCUGCUGCCGCUUGCAAUUUGUUGGGUUUGCAAAGCUAGAUAAUGAUAGUGGGUUUGGAUUGUUUCUCUGCACAGCACAUAAAAUACGUAUUUUCUCAUGAAGGAGUUUUUGCCUGUGCCUGGUGGUAAUUCCUAUUGGACAUAAAGAGACAUGUAGAUUAAUAUAUUUUUUUGGGGGAAAGAUGCAAUGAUAACACGCUAAAGCGAUUCCACUUGUUUCCAACGUGGUCCCGUUGGAAUACAGACAAAACAAAAGUAAAACAAAGGUAUCAUGGGGAUAAUAUUCUGUAGAGAAAAGUGUAUAUUGGCAGGUGCCUCACGUUUCCAUGGCUGGCUCCAAGACAGAACAGGAAACAAUUACUGGAUAGCUUUGUAAUAUCAACAGUCAUAAAAACCUGAUUGACUGAUGAGUUUUAUAAUGUUGUGCUAAUUUAACAAGCCCUACUUCUCACCUUGCCAAGCUGAUAGUGGUGGCAACGCCUCACCCCACAUGGCCUUCUCCUAUGCAUGCUAAUUAGAUUAAGCUAUUUGUGGCACUAUGGCUAUUGCCUACCGACUCCAUAGAGACUAAGCUGUUUGACAAUUAGCAUCAGCUCACUGUCACUCACUUAAGUGUUAAAGAUGUAGUGCGUAAUCUUAUAAGGGAGGAACACAUCUCUGGGUUAUCUUGGCUCCUCUCUAUUUGUUUCCUUCUUUUGAAAAGGGAAAAUGGCCCAAGAUAGUGAGUGAGAAAGAUAUAUUAUUCUUUUGGCAGAGGGAAGGGAGUUUCAUUUUCUGAAUAUGUAUUGUCAAAGGGGAUUACCACAACAAGGCAGUUAUGUUUAGGCUUGGCUAUGUAAAUGAUAACUAAAGUAGUUAGAUAAUGGACGAGCCGAGGGAACCGCCCACAAUGUUGCGUCUAGAGCUGAUGAAAACUGAAGGGAGUUAAUGGGUUCUCCUCAUCUGUGGCCGGCAAUGUGUAAAAAUUAUAUAAAUAGUGACGUAAGUAGGCCUAACCAAUGUUCUCUCUCUUGUCUCAUCUCUUACAGACGUUUGUGCUGUCGAGUGAAGUAACCCCACCAUGCGUGAAUACAAGCUAGUGGUGUUAGGUUCAGGAGGUGUAGGCAAAUCUGCACUGGUUAGUAGUACCGCCAUGCUUAGGUUUCUGUUAUUGUCAAUCUGGGUGUAAGUGCAUUUAGUGCAGGGCUUUAAAGUGCGACCAUUUUGGUCGCAUAUGCCACUAAAUAUUUUGCUGUGUGACUUGGAAUAAAAAUGUGGGAGCACCAGUGCACCUAGAACAAAAAAUCAGCCCGAUAAUAAUUGUUGUAAUGAUUAAGCGUUACUGUACCGCUGUUUCCGAGUGGCCAAACCGUUCAAAAGUUGUGACCAUAUUACCGGCACAAAGUUUUUUUUCCGUUCUAUUGAUCAUUGGCGCUGCAGUUGGAUGCAUCUCCAUUGGUGGGCCAUAUUUUAUAUUCAUAAACCAUGUCGCGGGCCGUUAACAACUUGUUCCGUCAUGUUACUGCAUUAGCUAGCAAGCUAACAAGCUGGUAACUUUACCAGUGCAUCCAAACAUUUGGGGGGCACAGAAAGAAUGGUAAAGGGAUAGCUUUUUCAGGAGAUCAAUGAUCAAAGCGAUGAAUGAAUGACAGAUUUGCAUGUCAUCACACACAAAUUUUACAUUCUUAAAGAGGUAGUAUACCAUUUUCUAUGUAAUGCAGCUCAUUAGGAAACAGUGCGUUUUACACAAUGUUAGCAAACCUAAUAUUCCACUAAUUACUUUGUAAUUUCAAUGACCAGUAUUUGUAUAAACAUUUUAACUUUUAUAAUAAACAUAUGUUGUACCCUAGAAACAGAUUAGUUGCUAGGGUACAAAAUGUGCUUCAAAAAUAGCUAGAAGUCAUAUAGGCCCAAUAAAGGCUGUAUCUCAAUCAAUUAAAAAAUCUUAUUUUCUGGUGCUCCUAAAUGUUAUGUGGUGCUCUUAACCUACCAGUGCUACCAAUGAAAAUGUUUAAUUUAGAGCCCUGAUUGAGUGGCCGUUUUGAUUUGGAGAAUAUAUGUGUCACUCUCUACAUUCAUGUUCUCCUCCCCUUGCUUAAUCUCUUCCAGACAGUCCAAUUUGUACAGGGUAUUUUUGUGGAAAAAUAUGACCCCACAAUAGAAGACUCCUACAGAAAGGUAUGCUGCCCUAUAGUUACUAAGAUUUCAAUUGCCGCCACUGAUGUCAAAAUGUUACUAAACUUGACUCCCUCUCUCCCACAGCAAGUUGAAGUGGAUGGGCAGCAAUGCAUGCUUGAAAUCCUUGACACAGCUGGAACAGUAGGUAGAGCAUGUCCAAGUUAGCCAUGGUGACAGAUUGUGUGUUAACAGUAAAUAUGACCAGUAUGUCAUGGAGUCUUUCCUCUGCUGUUCUACAGGAGCAGUUCACAGCGAUGAGGGACUUGUACAUGAAGAAUGGUCAAGGCUUCGCUCUUGUAUACUCCAUCACGGCACAGUCCACGUUUAAUGAUCUACAGGACCUUCGGGAACAGAUCCUGCGAGUAAAGGACACUGAGGAUGUGAGUAUUGUAGCUUAUUAGGGCUCAGUCACUGUCAUUGACGUGCUUCCAACACUUAGGCCUCGUCGGCAAUGCAUUUAUUGCAGCUGUUAUGAUAACUAUGAUACGUUUAUGAUUUGUAUGCAAUUUUAAUUACAUUUACAUUUGAGUCAUUUAGCAGACGCUCUUAUCCAGAGCGACUUACAGGAGCAAUUAGGGUUAAGUGCCUUGCUCAAGGGCACAUCGACAGAUUUUUCACCUAGUCGGCUCGGGGAUUAGAACCAGCGACCUUUCGGUUACUGGCACAACGCUCUUAACCACUAAGCUACCUGCCGCCCCAUAAUGGUGUUCUCAAUAAAGGAGUCUGUUGGCUCUUGUCUUGUAAUCCGACUGCUCUGAUAGCCAUAGGAUCUCUCAAUAGGGUAUUCUCUGUGGGGAGAACAUUUUACAUUUACAUUUUUGUCAUUUAGCAGACGCUCUUAUCCAGAGCGACUUACAGGAGCAAUUAGGGUUAAGUGCCUUGCUCAAGGGCACAUCGACAGAUUUGUCACCUAGUCGGCUCGGGGAUUAGAACCAGCGACCUUUCGGUUACUGGCACAACGCUCUUAACCACUAAGCUACCUGCCGCCCAGAACAUGGCAAUAAUGAGAUAGAAAUGUCAUGACUGAUGUUUGCCAGUUUCAGCUCUUAUUUCUGCCACAUGCAGAGUUAGUACAUUAUUGAUUUGUUGUCACAUUAUGGCGACAUAUAUAGACAAUAUUUUUGCUUUGGAAAGCAACAGAGUAAAGCACUAUAGUCUCUCAUUGUCUUCUGUCUAUUUCUCAUUAUUUCGUAUCAGGUCCCCAUGAUCCUGGUGGGCAACAAGUGUGACCUGGAGGAUGAGCGUGUGGUGGGCAAGGAGCAGGGUCAGAACCUGGCCAGACAGUGGAACAACUGUGCCUUUCUAGAGUCCUCCGCUAAAUCAAAGAUCAACGUUAAUGAGGUAAGCCCCACUGCUUUCACUUCCAGUCACCUGGACUGAAUGAAUGUAUGUUACGUCUCGGGAGUUGACAAGAAUUCCAAUAAGAAAAUACAUCUCGUCAAGUAAACAAGUGUGAUUAUCUGGAGCUUAUAACGGACAGUUAAUGCUCAUGUAUCUCUAACUACCCGCUCCUUUGGUCUGCUUUAGAUUUUCUAUGACCUGGUCAGACAGAUCAAUAGGAAAACACCUAUAGAAAAGAAGAAGGCAAAGAAGUCAAAUUGCACACUGCUCUAAAGCUCCCACUUACAGCAGCUCUGAGCCAGGUGAGUGGGCUAAGAUGGCAUCCAAUGGGUGAUACGGAAUCUGUAUGUAUUAUGAUAUUUACAUUUGUAUUUAAUUUUAUCAUAAUCCCAUGAGUAUGGCACCAGCUAAUGUACUUGCAUUUAUAUAUUUGCUUUCUAUCAGAAUAAACUGUCUCGCAUGAUUCACAGUCAUGAAUUCCAUGUGCAAUUGCUCUCACAAGGAAUACAAAAGUACCUGUGAACUAACAUGUCCUCUGUCUCUAUUACCUGUAGGAAGCUGCAAUACAAUACUGGUGCCCAGUUGGAACAUGCCAGCAUUUCAAUCCCUUUCAAUAACGAAUGGAGACGUUUGACAAAAGCAGAAAAGUAAUUAUCUUCUUCACCACUGUAAUAAUGGUUAAGAAAUCCACACCUUUUUCUCUCUUUUUCAUUUUGUCAAUGGGACAGCCUUGUGAUGAAGAGUUUUCCCUUUCCCCAGUUUUGGAAAUUACAAUUUAAAACAAAAAAACUGACUACCAUGCAUAUUAUUGUGAAUUUUAUGAAUUAGGUUGUUUGAUUGCAAAUAUUUUCAGAUCUUUGGCACAUUUCAAAUGACAAAAUGUUUGCAAAAUAAAUCAUUGGAAAUGUUGGCCUUUUUCAUUACCUUACCCAUCUGCACUAAUUGUGUCAACAGUAAUGCAUCAACUUCCAUGUUUUAUUUCUCCUACUACUUUUAAGAAGUUGUAUUCAUGAAAUAACAUAUUUAGUAAGUGACUUUGUUUUUUAUAUGGGAAGCUGCAAGGCUCUCAUCUUUCCCAUAAUAAAUUCUAAUUCUUGUGUUGUUUUUUUGCAUAAUGAAACUGUGGGAAAUUUGUGUUUUAUAGAAUAGGGGAAAUGAGGAGACUUGAUUUCUAUGUGUCUUGAGACUGAAAAUAUGUUGUACUAAACCAACUCUAUUGUGUCUUGUUACCUUGUCACAAAGGAUUUUCCAGCUUUUAUGAAUGAUAAAAUUUUCGUACAUUUUCA